CUGCCCUCGACGUCCCCAGACACAUCCUGCUUGCUGACGUCCCCAAGGUUGGUGACAGUGCCCACCUCUGGCUCUCACCUGAGCCCCUGGGCCACCCCACGUCCCUUGCCCCCUGGGUGUUGGGGGUGAUCCUUGGAGAUGCAUCUCUGGGCUGUUGUGGGGACACGUUCCCACCUCUCGGCUACGUGGUGGGAAGUGGAGGUGUCCCAACUCCCUGGACGUGGAUGCUGGGGGUUCCCUUCUACUACGAGAUGAAGAUGGCUUUUGUCCUCUGGCUCCUGUCCCCCUACACCCGGGGGGCCAGCCUCCUCUACCGCAAGUUCGUGCACCCCACCCUGUCCAGGAAGGAGAAGGAGAUUGACACCUACAUCAUCCGAGCCAAGGAGAGGAGCUAUGAGGCCAUGGUGGGGUUUGGCAAGAGGGGCCUCAACUUGGCUGCCACUGCUGCUGUCCAGGCUGCCACCAAGGGCCAGGGGGUGCUGGCCGGGCGGCUCCGCAGCUUCAGCCUGCAGGACCUGCGCUCCAUCCCCGACCAGACCCCCCUGCACUACCAGGACCCCCUGUACCUGGAGGAGCAGGAGACCCCCAGGCAGCUCCUGGGGUUCAGCCCCCGGUAUGAGAGCGAGACCGAGGACGACGAGCUCUGGUCUGACUCGAGGGUCUCCCCCCCUCCCAGAGACCCCAGACCCCUCUCCCGUAGCCACAGCCUGCGUACAGCCAAGAAGAAGACACCAGCCAAAGAG